ACAUCACUUGUCGCGUAGCGCUGAGGGACCAGAGGCGAGUUUAGGGUUAGGGGAACACAUUCAGGAAGCUGUGUCCACUGAUAAGACCGGAGGGAAGACAUACGUAAAGACAAAUACACACAAUUUCAACGUUUUYUUUUKUUUUGUUUUGUUGAAAAUACGACGGAUAAAUUGUAAGCGUUUCUUUUGGCGUUACCGUUAGGACGUAUGGUCUCUGGGUAGAGUGAUCGUCGCUCCUGGACAUGGCAGGUCUCUAUGGACUGAAGAUCCUGCUGCUGUGUACUGGGCUCAUAGAGCUGGCCAUAUGUGAAGAUGAUACAACUUUGACAGGCUCCACAGCAGCAACAUCCACACCAACAAUAGUAGCCAUCACCAGCAUACCCCCAAGCAUUCCCAGCGCACCUUUAAACUCUCAGAUAGCAUCCAGCUCAGCCACUCCUCAACCCAUAAUUGACCAAGACAAAAGCAACAACUCCAUUCCUCUAACCACACAAUCCACCAAGAAAGCAAACGACUCCACAGGCCCCUUACUUCCAAACACCACCACCAUCACCACGACGACCCCUACCACCCGCUCACCUACACUCAGUUCGCUUACCCCCACCUCAAACAUCAUCACUCAGGCAUCAAGCCAAGCUACCCUCUCCAACGCAACUGGCGACUCGAGCACAGGCACUUCUGACCCUGCAAGCACCCUCAACCAAACCCAGGCCUUUCCUACAAACAMCUCCACCUCUCAACCCCAGACUUUGCCUACAAACAACUCCACCUCUCAACCCCAGACUUUGCCUACAAACAACUCCACCUCUCCAUCUCCAUCUUUGCCUACAAACAACUCCACCUCUCCAUCUCCAUCUUUGCCUACAAGCACUCCACCCAUCCACAACCAAACCUCACCUGCAAGCACCCUGACUUCCACUACAGCUAUCCCCACAGGCAGCCAGACUAAACCAACACAGCCAAAGUGUUCAUACAGCGUCGAGCCUGUCAAAUAUGGCUUUCGGAUUGUUUUAAAGGCCUCAAAUUCCGACACAUACAACAUAUCGUACCAGGAUGAAUCAGGACAAACCAAUGUUUGGCAUCAACUGGGGAACUCCACUGUUGAGGUGAAGUCAUUGAAGCCUUGCAGUAUCUAUACAGUGAUGAAGAUUCAGCCUGAAUGUGAACUCGAAGGAAACAGAACUCUGMCCACUUGGAAAUUGGAAAAAGACGACAUUGUGGAAGACAUUGACUGCAUACCGGGGUCUAUUUGCUAUUUGAGUGACUGGGAUAUCAGUGAAGCAACUCCGAACGGCCCUGAGAAAUCCCAARUGAGAUYCCACACAUGCGGAGACAAAUCCAAWGCGCUAUGUUUUGAGCUAAGACCGGCCGACUUCUGCUCAGAAGUCAAUACAACCUUUCCUCCAGAGACGUGUGCCAACUUUACCAAAACAAAACUCAUCCCCGUCGAAAGUUUCCUAAAUGCCAACAAAAUUGUCCUGGUACGGCCUGAACGUCUUCCUGCAGAAAUAAAUUGGGAAAAUGAGCCAGUGAAUUGUAAAGGGAYUCUAGCCAUUAAUUACACCUGCCAGGAACAAAGCAACAACAACAAUUUGAAUUUGUCUCAGUUGGAACCCUUCACCAGCUACACUUGUACCGGACGUAUUAACCACGGCAAUAGAACAAUUGAAAAUACCACUUCAUUUAGGAUUGAGUGUGAUGUGGUCAUAAAUGUUAAGAAGAGUAAAUCCCCAAAUAGCUCCAUCAGUCUGGAAUGGGAACCGUCCACUGAUAAGUGCCAACGCUCUGACCUUCUGCACCUCACAUACAACUGCUGCUGUCAACAUAGUACAUAUAAUAAACAUGUUCCAGUUUGCAACGAAACUAAAACACAGAAAUGUGUCGUCGAGGGCCUGGAUGCGUACACAAACUAUACCUGCUCUAUAAAGCCAGUAAAGUACAAGAAUAAUACCAUCAACAUAUCUCCAACAAAACCAGAAACAAUCGAGACUGCUGCUGGAGUGCCUGAUAUGGUGGUCAUCCAGACUGUGACUUUGACUCAGAAUAAUGCUUUUACCAUUAAAUGUACGCAAUCAGAGCCAAAGAAGUGGAGGGGAAAGGGAAUGUUGUACAUUGCAACGAUCACUGCGUCUGGUCUUCAUAAGACACGAAAAAAUACAACGUGCAGUUUUACAUUUGAGGACCUCAGCUAUUUAACAACCUACACAGUUCAGAUCGUUACAUACAAUGGGAAACACACGAGUGAAGCAUUAACCAAUCACAUUACUACUCUCUACAAUGACAAAGCUGUGAUUGGAUUCCUUGUGUUCCUCAUCGUCCUGACGUCUCUGGCUCUCCUCUUCGUUCUCUACAAGAUCUACAUCCUGCAGCGCAAGAAGUCCAACGACAAUGAUGAACAGAUUGAGCUGAUUCAGCCAAGUGAUGAGGAGAACCUGCUGAACGUGGAGCCAAUCGGAUCUGAGGUGCUUCUGGACGCCUACAAGAGGAAAAUCGCCGACGAGGGACGUCUUUUCCUUCAGGAGUUUCAGAGCAUCCCCAGGAUCUUCAGCCGCAACUCGGUCAGAGAGGCCAAGAAGUCCUGCAACCAGCCCAAGAACCGCUACGUGGACAUCCUCCCAUACGACUACAACCGUGUCCAGCUGACCACUGGUAAUGGAGAGACUGGCUGUGACUACAUCAACGCCAGCUUCAUYGACGGUUUCAAGGAGUCUAAGAAGUACAUCGCAGCUCAAGGUCCCAAGGAAGAGACAGUGGGGGAUUUCUGGAGGAUGGUUUGGGAGCAACAGUCCUCUAUCAUCGUCAUGGUAACACGUUGUGAGGAGAGUAACAGGAACAAGUGCGCCCAGUACUGGCCGUCUCCUGAAAGAGAGGUGGAGAUCUUUGAGGAGUUUGUUGUGAAGCUGAACAGAGAAGAGCACUGUCCCGAUUACAUCAUCCGUCACCUCAGCUUGACCAACAAGAGGGAGAAGAGUGCAGAGAGGGAGGUGACCCACAUCCAGUUCACCAGCUGGCCAGACCACGGUGUGCCAGGAGAGCCACACCUCCUGCUGAAGCUGAGGCGACGCGUCAACGCCUUCAAGAACCUCUUCAGUGGACCCAUAGUCAUCCACUGCAGUGCUGGAGUGGGGAGAAGCACUUACAUGGGCAUCGAUGCCAAUGAGGGGCUGGAGGCUGAGGGCAGAGUGGACAUCUACGGAUACGUGGUUAAGCUCCGGCGCCAGAGAUGCCUCAUGGUUCAGGUGGAGGCUCAGUACAUCCUGAUCCAUCAGGCUCUGAUAGAACACAACCAGUUUGGAGAGACAGAGAUCUCCCUGGCAGAGCUGCACCCAACACUGGGCACGCUCAAACAGAGAGACCCCGGUAACGAGCCUACUCUGUUGGAGGCAGAGUUCCAGAGACUUCCACGGUACAAGAACUGGCGGACAUUCAACACGGGGAUCAACGAGGAGAACAAGAAGAAAAAUCGCUCCUCUUCUGUUAUUCCAUACGACUAUAACAGGGUUCUGGUGAAGCUAGAGGAUGAGAGCAGCAAUGACCAGGACGAUGAUGACGAUGAUGAUGCCUCUUCUGAUGAAGAGGAUGAGGAGUCCACCAAAUACAUCAACGCCACACAGAUAGAUGGUUACUGGUGUCAGAGGAGUCUGAUAGCAGCCCAGGGCCCUCUGGCCGACACCACAGGAGACUUCUGGCAGAUGGUCUUCCAGAAGAAGGUCGAAACCAUCGUCAUGCUGUCAGACCUCACAGAGGGAGACCAGGAGUUCUGCUCAGCGUACUGGGGAGAUGAGAAGAAAACCUUCAGGGAAAUCGAGGUGGAGUUGAAGGCCACAGAAACCCUCCCAGCGUACACCACUCGCAGUAUCCAAAUCCGUCACCCUAAGAGGAAAGACAGUCGGCAGGUGAAACAGUACCAGUUCCUGAAGUGGGCGGGACGAGAACUCCCAGAGAAGCCUCAGGAUUUGACAGACAUGAUCAAGAACAUCAAGCAGACCUGUGGCUAUGGCAACAGCAAGGCAGAGAGGAUCCUGCCUGUUGUGGUCCACUGCAAUGAUGGCUCGUCUCGCUCUGGGAUCUUCUGUGCGUUGUGGAACAUCAUGGACAGUGCUGAGACAGAGAAACUGGUAGACGUGUUCCAGGUGGCCAAGGCUCUGCGCAAGGAGAGGCAAGGCAUGAUCCACAGCCUGGAGCAGUACCAGUUUCUGUAUGACGCCGUGGAGGGAUCGUUUCCUAUUCAGAACGGGGAAGUGAAGCAGCCAGCCACCGCCCCAGCUGCAGCAGCUGACUCCAUCCAGGUCGUCAACGAGACCAAGGCUGAGCAGCCUGCCAGCGCUACCACAGCCACCCAGCAGGGGGCAGAGGUGGUGAAGGAGGCGAUAGAGAGCACUCCCUUAGUGGCAGGGAAAGAAGCAGGUGCUGCAGCAGAGGGCAAUGAGGAUGAGGCUAAAGAGCCAGGUAGCCCUACAGAGAAAACCCCUCUGGAGGGGGCUAGUAACGGCCCCGCUGUCACCCUGGAGGUGUGACAGAACCUAUAUAAAGACGCUUGAAUGGGAUAUUAGUACUUCAGUGCCUUUUACAGUGUUAGUGUUCAGUGGUCAGUAGAGGGAUAUAGGAGAGUUGGUACUUGGUUUAAUUACUCCUUGAAUGUAUUAUACAUGUAAAGCUUUCAUUUGAAGUUAACAUGUGUUUUGAAAUUGAUUUUUAUAGCUUUAUUUCUGUAAAAUUAUGACUUGGCGUAUUUUCAGGUUCAAACUAAGGGCUUUUUUUUCAAUCCGUAUCGCGGAAAUUCAGCAAAAAAGCCAAACUACAUUUUUGUAAGGAAAUAUUCCUGUUUUGGCAGAGACGGCAUUCACGGUAAUAUGUCGGCUCAAUUGGAAAGGACCUUUACAUUUCGAUCACGAAAUCUGUAACGCUUCAGCGAUAUGGUUUGAAUAGAGCCCUAAAUACAUAUUGGGGGUAGGGUAAACUGUGUUAGAAAUUGCAAAAAUGUGUGCUAUUUUGACAAGCAAAGUAAAUGGCAAACUUUGCACUACAUUGCUGUUUUCAAACUACAGAUUUCUUUUUCUUUUAGCUUUUUAGUAUAUAUUGAUAAAUAGUUAAGUGGAGGCUGUCAUUUUAAUAUUCGAUUAGCUAUUUUCUGUACUAUCUUAAGCGUAAAUCAAACCCGUAUAUUAAUUUAGAAUAAGCAGUACUUUUGUUCUGAAAUAAAGGAGUGUCAAAAACGUU